UGGUGGAAGUUUUUGUGUUGUCCUUUUCUUUCUCAUCCAUUUUGAUGUCCUUCUCACCUUUGCUUUCUUUGUUUCUAUUAUAAAACUUUGUAUGAUCAGUAAUUGUCCAAAGAGUUUGACUGCCAUUAAUUAGUGUCAUGUACUUGGGACAGUUGAUAACAAAGAAUUUCAGACAGGCAACAUUAUUGACUAGACUUAGAUUGACUGUUGUGGUACAAUGAUAUGAAUUCCAACUACCAAACUCUAAAUUUAAUGAAGUUCUCUCUUAUUCAUACUAGAUAAAAAGUACAUCAUAUUUAAAAGAUAAAUACAUCAGAUUUAAAUAAAAAUUGGAGACAAGAAAUAUAAUUAAGUUUCUUCUGACUAUAGUUGAGAAAUUUAAUCUUCUGCUUGGCUCUCAUGAUAAUUCUAACAGGACACACUGUAUGUGGAGAACAUUGAAGAAAGGGAGGAUGCUGGAACACCACCAAUCAUUCAGAAGGUGAGAACAGCUCUAGCAUUUUGGGUGAAAGAGUUCAUAAGUCACAAAGUAAUUGAAAGAAUGGAGCACACCUACAUUGAACUUGCACUACAAAGGCUUCUCCCAAACCCAAACAUAUGGAUUUUGGGAAAUGUAACAGCCAAGAGACAGGCUGUGCUUUCUUUUCUCAUUUAUACCACAACUUACUCUUCAUCAAGUGAUGGAAAUGGUGAAGACAAUGAGCUUUACUUAUGGAGAGAGACUGGGAACAAGAGAGAUAAGCCUCUUCAUGGCCCUUUUGUGGCUAAGCUUCUUAAUGACCUAUUUGGAAUUCAAGCUAGAGGAGGGUGUGCUUGUGCAGGACCCUAUGGACAUAAGUUGCUCAAGGUUGAUGAACCUCACUCUCUUGCCUUCAAAGAUGCAAUUGAAAUGGGAUUUACGGGAGUGAAGCCUGGAUGGACCAGGAUAAGCUUUCCCUACUACAUGUCCAAGGAAGAAUUUGAGUUCAUUCUAGCAGCACUAGAAUUCAUAUCCAUAUAUGGACAAAGGUUCCUUCCUUUGUACCAUUUCAAUUGGAGGAGUGGUGCUUGGACAUUUAAGAAGAGAGCUCUGAAGGAGGCUCUUAUGGGAGGGAGGGAUCACAAUUGCAACUUUUGUGGCUCACCAAUGAUGAAGGAGUUGAACCUAGGUGGUGGUAGUUGCCAUGGUGACACAAAAGAAGGAUGCACUAAUAACAAAGAAGGCCUUAUUUGCAAGUAUGUAAAGUACCUUGAGACAGCCAAACGCAUUGCUAGCCUACUUCCAAAGUUCCCAAAUCAAAGGCCAAUACCUGAGGAACUGGACACUAAUCUUGUGUCCUUUAGAGUCUGAAGAAGACCAUUAUAAGCUUGUUCUCUAUCUUAAUAAUAUGUAUGUGGAAAAAAAAAAACUUGUCUAAUGUCUAGUUGGGCAAAAUCUUAUUUAAUUUGAUAUGUAAUAGACUUAAAGUAGUAGAAGAUAAAUGGAAGGAGUAAUAUCCUCCCCUUGUUUUCUUGUAAUUGUUCAAUAUGUAUUUGUACUUAAUUCCUUUAAGAAAAUAUUAAUUAAGCGUUUUUUAAUUUUUCA